UUUUUUUUUACUCUUUUUGUUUUAUUCUAUUUUAUUUUAUUUUAUUUUUUUCCUUUAUUUUGACAGGAAACCAGUGACAACAACACAAUAAUUCAAAGUGACAAACCAGCUAUUUUAUCAAUAUGGAGUUCAUGUCGAACUUAGGUGGAGGGUCACAGGCCGACCGACCUUCGUUAUUUGAACUGAUUGCUCAGGACAAGAUGCGGGAGAUGCUUGAGCCGGCCUUGCGCUAUGUCAUUGCUGUCUAUGCGCAAAGAUACCCUCGAUAUUUGAUCCGGAUCGUCAAUCGAUAUGAAGAGUUUUAUGCUGUUCUGAUGUUUUUUGUUGAAAGACAUUAUCUUCGAGAAUAUGGUGCAUCCUUUGCUGAAAACUUUUAUGGACUUAAACGGGUCAGAGCCCCUCGACCAGUGAAGCACCCUAAAGUUAACAUUGAUGAUGAUUCAGUUGCAACAGCAGCAACAGCGUCGGCGGCCGCACCUGCAGCAAUGGCACAAACCCUACUUGGAUCAAACAAAUUACGAGAAAAAGACAUUCGGAAGUCGCUCUUCUUUUUGAUCGGCUUACCAUAUGUCAAGUGUAAACUUGACGAGUAUUAUGAAAAGAUCUCUGGAGGCGAAGCAGCCAGAUUGUUUGGCGAUGAGUUUGUUCAGGAAGAGGAAGAUUUAACUGGGCAAUCAUUGGCAGUGAGAUCAAAGGCAAUGGCAAUAAAGAUCUUCAAGAAGGGAUAUCCAUAUGUGAAUGCCCUGUAUCAACUAUCAAUCCUCGUUCAUUACAUUGGAUACCUGUAUAACAAAACACCAUUCUAUUCUCCAUGGCUUCGUCUUAUUGGAAUUGAAGUCAAACGCAUGAGCGCCGCUGAUUAUAUCCAACAAAAGGCAAAGAGUGCACCUAGGAGACCUUCAAGCUCAUGGCCAGAAACUAUUCAGAACAGUGUUCUUGGUAUACUAUCCGGAUCACUUGAUUUCCUCAAGGUUCUUUUACCAAUGUCGAUUUUCUUUUUCAAGUUCUUGGAAUGGUGGUACCAAUCGGAUUACUAUCGAAAGGCCUCCGCUGCAGGUGACUCUGCAGAGGUUCCUCCGCCUGACCGGAUCAAACCUCAUCCUGAUGGCAUCCCACUUCCAAGAGAACCCAAGAUUUGUCCGAUUUGCUUGAAGAGUAUUACGAACCCCACGGCUUUAUCUUCAGGUUAUGUGUAUUGCUACCCUUGCGCCUACAAACAAGUCGAAGACCAUGGACGGUGUCCAGUGACCUUGAUGCGAUGUGGUACAGACGAUCUUCGAAAACUGUAUAAUGAUGCAGGAAUGUAA